GUAGUAUCAGCUGAUAAUUAUUCAUUCGAUAAGCAGUGUUUUACUUCGUAAAGAUUAUGAUAAAAAGGAAAAUGUCGAGCUGGUUCUCAUUUUGGAGAGUGCAGACAAAGCUCGAAGAAUGUACCGGGCCGUUCUCUGUUGGUUGCAGCGAUUUUAUGUGUGCAAAAGAUGAAUCUACAGGUUUUUCUACUGAAGGUGGUAGCUUUAUACGUUUCUUUUACCCAGCGGAGAAGACGGCUGGAACAUUGGAUGAAUCGAAAAGAUGUUUUUGGAUUCCUCGUCAAGAAUACGCAUCAGGGCUUGUAAACUUCAUGAAACUUCCAGGUUGGGUUUUAGGAAGAUUUUUCCACUGGUGUGUAGGUAGGCGUACAGCUCUCAAUUUGAUUUACUACUAACUUAAGGUUGAGGUACUCGACCGCAUAGCUAUUGAUUGUAAUGCAGGGGGUUUUACCUUCCUAGGGAGGGGGGGAUGCGGAAAAUAAAGUAGUCAAGACGUGCACUCCAUAGUCUGAACGUGUGCAGCGAGAAUCCACUUAAAUGGGCUAUAGUCAGCUUGUGAGCAUUUGCAAUGAUCAAUAAAUCCACUUAUUGCGAUAUUUUUAUUACUCUAGGUAGCUUGCAGAUCCCUGCAAUAUACAAUGCACCACUUUGUAAACCUGCUGGAGAGGACCAGUUGUUACCUUGUGUUAUUUUUUCACAUGGCCUGGGAGGUAACAGGUUAAUCUACAACACUUACUGUUGUGAGUUGGCAUCCCAAGGAUGUCUAGUGGCAUGUGUAGAACACAGGUGAGCAGUUAUGGCUUUAUUUGGUUUUUUGUGUAUGGGCCUUUCCACACUAGCAAAAAAUUGUUUGUUUAGGAAAAUGUUCUGUCACCACCAACAUUUUACAAGUGUGAAUGGUUCGUCAUGACUUGACAAAUAAUUGUUUUGGCCGAAGCACAAAUCUUCAAACACACUGCCAACAAAAUUUGUCCCAUAAUCAUGAUAACCUUUUUAAUCAUUUGUUAUUAAAGCUAUGACCAGCAUGUAAUUGAACUGAAAUUAGUUUAUUAGAAAGGCAAAAAUUGUCUUUUGUUGCAAAACUCGGUGAUUCUAAAAUUUUAAAAUGAAUGUUGAUGAAUCCUGGAAAUUGCAGGUGGAAUCCUCUGCCAAACUAUGUUGGCUGGUCUUAUGAACAGAUCAAACGCUGACAGAAUUGACAGCUUGAAAUUUUUAAUGUGGACAAAAAUAAAUGCAAAUUUGUUAUGACAAAAUUUGUCCUUUGAUUUUGAUGGGACAGUUUUUACAGUUUUGUCCACUAGUGAGGAAAGACACAAAAAGAAAGUUUCAUGUAAUGAAGACAAGUAUUAGCAUUGAAAGUUAAUGCAUUGAUACUUAUUAUGCAAUUGAAAGCAUUUAAUAGAGAAUGAUUCAUCAUUAAGAUGGGACAAUAAAUGAGGGGUUCACAUGACUUUUGCAGUAAUCAUCAGUUGAUUUUGUGAUCUGACCCAAAUUAAAUAUUGAAAACAAUUUUUUAUUUUAAAACCAGCAUAAAACAAAAUACAUAACUACAAGGUUCAGGAAAAUCAACUGCACAAUCUCUAUAGUUUAUUUUCCAAGGCCUUGCACCUGACUCCACUUAUAAUUGGACAUGAAGAUUUUUUUUCUUUUUGAAAAAACACUAGAGAUGAAUCAGCCUCUGCUACAUACAUUCUAAAGAAGAAUGAUGGAGAUGGGAAUAUGACAGAGGAAUGGAUCCAGUACCACCAUCUCCAAGAAAGUGAUAAUGAGUUUGAAUUUCGAAACAGGCAGGUGUGUUUAUUUGUAGUUUAGAUUCAUUUCAUUUUGAUUUUAAGGUACAAACACAGUUUGUACUUCAGCUUAUUGGCUCAUUCUGACAGAGCUUAUCCUGAUUUAUGAAGCAUUAUACGAUAAAAUAUAUGGCCAGGCGUUAUGGAUGGGAAGCCAGUUAUCAGAGGAUAAUGAAUGGCAUCUGUUAAAUUCCCAGAUAAUUCCUUGUGACUCAAUUAUCCCCUCAGCUACUAUGUAGAGAGAGGCACUUUUAAAGUUAAGUGUCUUGUAGAUGAAUGCAGCACAGUGACCCAGUUGGUGCUGAAACUGAGAUCUGUUGACACAGAUUCCAUGGUCCUUACCAUCAGGCCAACUCUACUAUUUCUUUAAACACCACAAUAUCACUCUUAAAACUGCCUUAACAAGGAAAUAUACUUCAUUUUUGUUCAUUAAAACAGUUAUUUUUUUCUUUUUAUAGGUUCACAUCAGAGCAAAUGAAUGUGUAAGAGCCCAUAACAUUCUUGAAAACAUUCAGUCAGGACAUUUUCCAACAAAUUUGUUCCAGGAAAACUCUAUUUUACAACAGCUCAAGGUAUUUGAGGGAAAUUGGCUUUGUCCAUUAAUUUUAUCCUUGUUCCUUUUAUCUUCAGUCAUUCCAUCCAUUAAUCUAUUCAAUGGCACCACUUAUUUGAAGGAGCGAUAAAGCCAUUCAGCAAAUAAAUCACUGUGCUUUGGAUAAUCGAAGAAUUAUGUUUCCUUGAAAAGCAAUCUAACCAAUGUAUUUCAAAAUUUCAUAUUUGUUUACAUUGUAGUUUGUGGCUAAUCAAGUCGGGUAAAAGAAAAAUAUUGAUUGCUUUUUAGUUGAGUGGUUACCUCUGUUUGACAACAAGAAUAAUGCUAAUUCAUAAAUUGUGUCUCCUUUGUCUUUUUUUUAAGGGAAGGCUGGACUUAAAAAGGGUUGCAAUGGUUGGUCAUUCAUUUGGAGGUGCUACUACUGUCCUAUCUUUGGCAAAGGACAAGCGAUUUAGGUACUGUGUUCAUCACAAGGAUAAUAAAAUUAACUCUGCAGUCUCAGACACUUCUGUGUUAUGUAGUCUAAAAAGAUUACAUCAUGCAUAAUAAUAAAGCUUUGUUAAGAUUGGCAUUGGAAUCAAGCUUGCCUGUGACUUUAUCCUAUGCAAAAUACAGAGCCUCUUAAAAAUAUUUUUACCAUCAUCAACACCAAAUAAAAACCAGAUUUAUGGUAGUUCAAAAUUCCAGUUUAUCCAAAUCUAUAAGUGUUUCCAAGAAAAAAAACCCUUUUCAUUAAAUGAAUUUGUUACAUUCAAACUUAGAGCAACAUUAUCUUUCAAGUUUUUCUAAAAAACCAUAAUUAAAUAAGAUCUGCUAGGUCAAUCUUGAUCAAUUUUUUUUUUAAUUAUUUUACAAUGACAAUAAGAUUUCCAUUACGUCUUUCUUAAUAUUUAUUGUAGCAUAUUUUUAAAUUGGGUAGAGAAAUUUUCUUACUCAACAUAGACAAUUUUUAUUAUUAAAUUGCCUUUAUUCAGUCCAUUUUAAUCUAUCUUCAGUGAAAUACAAUGAAACCAGCUUGUGAGUGUUUGUCAAUAAUAUUUAAUUGUAUUUAAACAAUCAGCCAGUAGGUAUGUAACCUUCAACUUCAUCCAAGUAAUUUUAUUGACUUAGUUAAUUUCUCAACUCAUUUAUGUUCCAGGUGUGGUGUGGCUCUUGAUGUGUGGAUGCUGCCAUUAGGAAAAGGGAUAUUUAGUUAUGAUCUUGAUCAGCCUUUACUGUUUGUCAAUUCACAACAAUUUCAUUGCUGGGACCAAAACGUGGAUCCUCUUAAAAAGUUUAUUAGUAAUAAGCCAGGUUUGCUUUCUUAUCAUUGUUUAUUUUUUCCUCUUCUUCGAACUAAUUUCUCUAUUUCUUGGCUCGAGAGCAAAGUUUUACCUAUAAGAGCGCAUCUUCAUUGUGUUUAAUAAGACCAAAACACAAGAAAUCACAACAGCCAAUCAGAGCAAAGAAAAAUAGCUCAAGGAGCCAAUGGGAACGCAAAGUAAAUGAGAGCAAACUGUCCAAAUCGCGGGAAAAUGUGAGUGACGAAGUCGCAAUAAGUUUUUAGUUUUGGAUCUGAUGAGUGAGAAAGUGGUGCAAAUUUCUGGAACAAUCACAGAGCGAAGUAAAGCAAAACUAAUGCGAUCCUGAAUUACUUUCCACACUCGAUUGAAAAUUGGUCUUAUCAAUGGAGUGAACGAAAUAGCUUUACUAAAAUCAGGUCUUUUAAUUUUAUUCUUUGCAGAAACAAGACUAAUCAUAGCGAUAAGGUAAGAAAUUUACUCAGUACAACUAUGAAUGAUUUUCUGCGGAAUCGUUCUUUUUGUCUCGGUGCUACUGACCUUAGUGAAGUGAAGUUUGAAAAUGUUUGUUCAUGGAGAUGUCUUCACACCUCUGACUUAACACUUACCUUUGUAAGCGUUUAGUAUAUAUUCAAAGCCUUUCUAAUAAUUUCCCGUUCAUCAGUAAAUUUCUUCUUGACGUCCACACUCAGAGAGUUUUUUUUCAUUUAUUUUUUUUGGUGGCAGAAAACGGUUUCCUAAAAAGCGUUUGUUGUGGACUUAAACAGACAGCAAGAAAAAUACUUUUUGCCAAUGUUUAAAUAUGCUAACUGUUUUCAGAAGCCGCCCUCGGACAACUCAGGGACUUUUUCAUUUAUCGAAAAUGGUGACAAAAACGGUUUCCUAAACAGGACAGCUGGUGUACUUAAACAGAUGGCAAGAACAAGACUUUUUUGCCAACGUCGACGUGUACUAACUGUUUUCAGACGCCGCCCUCUGACAAUUAAGGGCGCUUUCCCAGUCAUUAGUCCAGGCUGUUGGUGUAAUGACAUUGUGGACGGAAAAUACCAUAUUUUUAUUUGGUCCUUAAGUGUGAAGGAGACCGUCUGGACGGAUUCAUAUGAUGAAUUGAAAUUUUAUGUUUCCUUUUCCUUAAAUAUCAACUCAUUUCUUGUCUUACAAAAGAGCACACACGUCUUUCUUCGCCAGGUGGACAAGACAUAUGAACCAAUGUGACAUACCGUCAGUUCUGCCACCAUACAUACUGUACUGGACCUCACUCGGAAGUAAACUUGAUCCAACCACAGCCGUGAAGCUUAACAGACAAGCUAUCUGGGCGUUUUUGAGGAGACAUCUUGGUACGUAAGCGAUAAUUUAUCUAAGUAUUAGAGGUAGAUCUCACUUUCUUUAGUUUAUUUUAAACUCACUUAUCUAAGUAUUAAUGGAAGAUCUAGCUUUCUUUAGUUCGUUCUAAACUCACUGCUUGAAGAACCCUCAGGUUUUAAGAGAGGGUCUUCCGUUUACAUUCCAUAAGUUCUAUACGCAUGCGUUAAUUGGUGAUGAACAUAACUGGUUCUGUUGGGUUUUUUUUUUGUGUGUGUUUUAAAAUGUUCAGCUUUGAAUGUCAUUUACAUGGUGUUUACUGGAAGACAAACCUCAGGGUGGUACCCAUAGGAUACUUAUAUAUAAUGUAAAAAAUAUUCGGGGGUAUAUAGGGCUUAAGUCCCUUGGGGUUAGGGCGUAAAACUUCUGGGGUAUACUCUGAAACCCUUAGGGUAAUACCGUACUACUCAAGGGAGUUAACAGUAAAAUCUCCGGGGGUAUGCCCAGGUAUCCCUCUUGGCUUCUUAGACUGUGGCAAGAAUUCUAAGAUGUAAAAGCACACAAGUUUAAAGUUUCAUAUGUCUUUUUCUUCCAGAUAUUGGAAAUCCACCGUUACGUGAACCCAUUAUUGACGGCGGGGAAGGGACACCGGAAUAUAUCAUUAUCGGUCCAGAAUUUACAACUAAAGAAGAACGCAAGAAACUACACAUGGCACAGAGUUCAUUGUAAUACUUUGAAGGAAAUUAUCUCUCUUUCAAAAUCAAUUUUUCUAUCGGUAUUGAAGUUGUAUGCUUCAAAAUGUGACAUAUUUCUACGCUAACACCAUUCAUUACUUAUUCUCACCUCUAUCUAAUCAAAUAUCAGAAGCGAAAUAUUUUGAAAAUAGCCGGCAUUAUUUUUAAGUUUACGAAAAUAUUUUGGUAAACCUGUCUUUCUCUUAAUGGUCCUACAAACUUACAGAAACGCUCUUACUUUGAAGAAAACUAAUCACCCUCACAGCGUAAGUCUGAAAUGCCCAGUUUGAUUAAUAAGAGAGUUUUGAAAUACUCGAUAAGUAUUUGAAAUAGUCAAAAAAUCCUAGUCUAUUUGUUACAACAUGCACUUCUGUGAAACACACAAUUUCAAAUUUGGCGUCUUCGAUGUAAAUUUCCAAGAAUCAAUACUGAAACACUCAAGAAAAAAGGUAUUUACGCUACUCAAAUAUUUACAGUAGACACGUACACUGGUUGCACCUGUUUUAAUACGCGCAAAUAUGAGGAAAAGAUAUUCUGGUUGGUUUCACACCGAAAACAUCUGAAAAGUUUCUGAAGAAAAGCUUGCUAGCCAUCCAUCUGUCUUACGAGAGAUAAUUACAACUAGAGUGGUUCAGUGGCCAGACUUCAUUCAAAUACGCAAAGCAAGUAGGGUAAGUACAUGUCAAUCUCUCAAGCCGGUGGAAAACGGAAUCUUUACCGCCGAUAAAUAAAAGAUCUUGUUUUUUUUUUUCUUGGUUCUACCAUAAAAUUAAAUAUUUGAAAAAGCGAUUGAUCAUAGCCCUGAGUAGGUCGGUAAACCCAAACGAGGAAAACAUAAAAUGCAAGCCAUCGGGUGGUGAAGUUUGUUAAGAAUGUUAUUGAGCUUCAGUAAAUAUUUCAUCAUGAGCCACUUGUGAUCUCAGCUGAUGAGAACAUCAGUUGUGCGUUAGUAAAGAAAGCCAAAGAGGGUUGUUAAAAUAAUAUUUCUUGUGUUAUUCUUGAAACAGAUCGAAACUUAAUGAUCAGAGAGCGUUAACGCAUUGUGGCACCACAAAGGCACAAGGCUUUUCCUCUCGUUAGCGACUAGCUUUUAUCUUUCUCCUCUGUUAAGUGCCUCAUUGUUUCUGAAUAUUCAAGUAGACCAGCCUUCUCGUCGAGCGGUAAAUCUUGCUUCAGUCUCAGUCUCAGUCUCCAUAAUAUUUUGGUGCCGG